AUUUUGAGAUGAUGAGUUGGGGGAAAGAAACUACGCGAAUAAAUAUAAUUAGAUAUUUGUAAAACCAAUGAUUGGGUGAGGUUAACUAAGCAAAUAAAGUCAAAAAAGAGAGUUGAGAUGAAAUCUAGAGUCUCUUGCAGUCUGCCGAAAUGAGGUGAACGUGCAUGUGGGGUACAUACGUACAGCUACCUAGCAGAUGAAUUGAUUGAGUGCUUAAGCAAAAGAAAAGAAUGAAUAUAUAAUUGUAGUUGAAGGUGCAUGGACUAAGAUGGAAGGCAGUAAAAUGAGAAGCAGAGUGUAGGUGUUGGAAAAGGAAGGUUCUUUCUCUUUGGAAAUGGAUUUAUUUAUUUAAUUUGCAAAGAAAGCCAAGCUUUGGUAUAGAUGACGAAUUAAUUUGAGAUCUCCGUCUCUGAGUCUGACGAAAAGCUCACGAGAUUGUUUCUUUAGUGGGGGUAGGCAAGUGGAGUGGACGGAUCUCCAACUCCAAGCCUCUGUAAUAUUACUCCAAUUGGAAUUGAUAAACAGGUUAAAUGGAAGCAAGUGCUGGUUUGGUCGCCGGUUCUCACAACCGGAAUGAACUAGUAGUUAUCCGUCGAGAUGGGGAUUCCGAUCAGCCUAAACCUUUACAGCAGUUAAGUGGGCAGAUAUGUCAUAUAUGUGGAGAUGAUGUAGGUCUAACAGUUGAUGGAGAGCUGUUCGUGGCCUGCAACGAGUGCGCUUUUCCCAUUUGCAGAACUUGCUAUGACUACGAACGUAGAGAAGGAAAUCAAGUCUGUCCUCAGUGCAAGACCAGAUUCAGACGUCUCAAGGGCUGUGCUAGAGUUGAAGGUGAUGAAGAAGAAGAUGACAUUGAUGACGUGGAUAACGAGUUUGAUUUCGAUGGAAGGAAUAGACAGGAUAUGCAUGGUGGAGUGGACUCCAUGUUUUAUGGGCGCAUGAGCUACGGCCGUGCUUCCGACAUCGAUAUGCCUCAUGCUGUUCAUCCUCUUCCUCAAUUUCCUCUCCUUACCAAUGGUAAAAUGGUUGGUGAUAUUCCUCCUGAACAACAUGCUUUGGUCCCUUCUUUCAUGGGAGGUGACAAAAGGAUCUACCCUCUUCCUUUUUCAGAUUCUGCCCUUCCAGUGCAACCCAGAUCCAUGGAUCCUUCCAAGGACUUGGCUGCUUACGGCUAUGGAAGUGUUGCUUGGAAGGAGAGAAUGGAGAAUUGGAAGCAAAAACAAGACAAACUACAGAUGAUGAAGAAUGACAAUGGUGGCAAAGAUUGGGAUUAUGAUGCGGAUGCUCCUGAUCUUCCGCUCAUGGAUGAGGCAAGACAGCCAUUGUCAAGAAAGUUGCCAAUACCAUCCAGCCAAAUCAACCCUUACCGAAUGAUCAUCCUAAUUCGGCUUGUAGUUCUUGGGUUCUUCUUCCAUUAUCGUAUUAUGCACCCUGUGAACGACGCAUAUGGAAUGUGGCUUGUAUCGGUUAUCUGUGAGAUCUGGUUUGCUGUUUCUUGGAUUCUAGAUCAAUUCCCAAAGUGGUUCCCUAUUGACAGGGAAACUUAUCUGGACAGAUUGUCCCUGAGGUAUGAGAAAGAGGGCCAGCCUUCUCAUCUGUCACCAGUUGAUAUAUUUGUAAGCACAGUUGACCCACUAAAAGAACCCCCUCUGGUGACUGCAAACACCGUUCUAUCCAUUCUUGCAGUGGAUUACCCAGUGGACAAGGUCUCAUGCUAUGUUUCUGAUGAUGGUGCUGCUAUGUUAACAUUUGAAGCACUAUCAGAAACAUCUGAGUUUGCGAGGAAAUGGGUCCCUUUUUGUAAGAAGUUCAACAUUGAGCCUCGAGCACCUGAGUGGUAUUUUGCUCAGAAGAUAGAUUAUCUCAAACAUAAGGUUCUAGCAUCAUUUGUGAAGGAACGAAGAGCUAUGAAGAGAGAGUAUGAAGAGUUUAAGGUUCAGAUCAAUGCUUUGGUUGCAAAAGCACAGAAGGUCCCAGAAGAAGGGUGGACGAUGCAAGAUGGGACUCCAUGGCCUGGGAAUAAUGUUCGCGAUCAUCCUGGCAUGAUUCAGGUUUUCCUUGGCCAAAGUGGAGGACAUGACACAGAUGGAAAUGAAUUACCUCGCCUUGUUUAUGUUUCCAGAGAAAAGAGACUGGGGUUUAAUCACCACAAAAAGGCUGGAGCAAUGAAUGCUUUGGUCAGAGUCUCUGCUGUGCUCACAAAUGCACCUUAUAUGCUGAAUCUAGAUUGCGAUCACUACAUCAAUAACAGCAAGGCUCUUAGAGAGGCAAUGUGUUUCAUGAUGGAUCCAUUGAUAGGAAAGAGAGUGUGUUAUGUCCAGUUCCCACAAAGGUUUGAUGGUAUUGACAAGAAUGAUCGAUAUGCCAACCGGAACACUGUAUUCUUUGAUAUUAACAUGAAAGGUUUGGAUGGCAUUCAAGGGCCAAUAUAUGUUGGGACAGGAUGUGUGUUCAGAAGGCAGGCACUCUAUGGUUAUGAUGCUCCAAAAACCAAAAAGUCACCAACCAGGACUUGCAACUGCUGGCCUAACUGGUGCUAUUGUGGAUGCUGUUGCACUGGAAGGAAAAAUAAGAAGAGUAUUGACAGACCAAAUUCCGAGAUAAAGAAAAAAAAUCGAAUGAAAGGAGAUACAGCACCAGCGUGUGCUUUGGAAGGUAUUGAAGAGGGCAUUGAAGGAUUUGAAGUUAAAAAUUUGGGUCUACUGUCCGAGCGUAAAUUGGAAAAGAAAUUUGGGCAAUCUCCUGUGUUUGUUGCAUCUACCCUGCUAGAGGACGGUGGGACACUGAAAAGUGCUAGUCCUGCUUCUCUACUGAGAGAAGCUAUCCACGUUAUCAGCUGUGGCUAUGAAGAUAAGACUGAAUGGGGCAAAGAGGUUGGUUGGAUCUAUGGUUCUGUUACAGAGGAUAUAUUGACUGGUUUUAAAAUGCACUGACAUGGAUGGCGAUCCAUAUACUGUAUUCCUGCCAGGCCUGCAUUCAAGGGAUCUGCACCAAUCAAUCUUUCAGAUCGUUUGCACCAGGUCCUCCGAUGGGCCCUCGGAUCAGUUGAAAUAUUUUUGAGUAGGCAUUGUCCUCUUUGGUAUGGGUAUAGAGGGGGUUUGAAGUGGUUAGAGCGUUUUUCUUACAUCAAUGCUACUGUAUAUCCAUUGACUUCAAUUCCUUUGCUGGCCUAUUGUUUUGCUUG